UGUUACAACGAAUCGACUACUUUGGACUAGCGGAGGCCUGUCAGGCGAGGACCCGGCACUCAAAGUCAGAGCUGAGUCUACAGCUUCACCUGAGAGGGGGCCAGGGCCGGGGCCGCUCCGAAGGCGGCUAAGCUGGCCAAAGCUUCAGCCAUGGUUGCGCCCGCGGUGUUGCGGGCUCUGCGGAAGAACAAGACCCUUCGCUACGGAGUCCCCAUGUUGUUGCUGGUUGUUGGAGGUUCUUUUGGUCUUUGUGAAUUUUCACAAAUCCGUUAUGAUGCUGUGAAGAUUAAGAUUGAUCCUGAAUUGGAGAAAAAGUUGAAAGUGAAUAAAAUAACUUUAGAGUCAGAGUAUGAGAAAAUAAAGGACUCCACUUUUGAAGACUGGAAGAAUAUUCGAGGUCCAAGGCCUUGGGAAGAUCCUGAACUCCUCCAAGGACGAAACCCAGCAACUCUUAAGCCUAAGACAACCUGACUGUGCUCAGGUUUUCCAAUAAAAUGUUUUCAACUGGACUUGUGG